AUGGCGUGCAACGCGUUGAGUUUAGAAAUAUGGAGUAAACCAAAGUUUAAUAAUAUAAUAGUUGUUAAAAAUUUUUGGAAAAGCACGGGUUUAAGUCCACCUGGAGAUUUUAAAGAUCGUCAAAAAUUUUUACUAUCGAAUGACGAAAAUAUAAAUUUAGAUUUAAUUGGAUCGUUACCAAACGGUGGAAUUCAAAAAAUAAGAAUUCAUUGGAUGUUGGAUUUGGUAAAAAUUCGAAAAUGGACGUUCGAAUUGACAAACGAACCGGAUGUCAAACAAUAUAAUACGUAUAAUUUCACAUUGGAAAAUUACAUAGAUUAUUUUCGUUCAUCUGAAUCUGCCGUGCGAAUUAUUGCGGGACCGGGUGGAUUGUUUCGAAACAAUAGAAAAGUUCAUUUCCUCUGUUGGGGUUUGUUGGAUUAUUGUAAUUCGAAUCCUUGUAACUUGGAUGUUAUUACAUUUCACAGAAAAGGAAACGGUUACGGAAGUCGAGUCGUAGAUGAGGGUAUCGAAUUAAUCGAUACUUUAAUAUCAAAUUAUAAGAAUUUAAAAGGACUUUCUUUCGGUAACGACGAAGCGGAUAUCAUGGCGGGAUGGUAUAAACCUUUUGAAUGGAGAGGAGACGUACGUUAUGCUGCGUUGAUAGUACAAGUGAUAAUAGGACACGUAAAAGAAAUGAUUGUUAAAAGAAAUUUACCUUUUGAAAUAUUGAGCAACGAUAAUGCUUUUAUAAAUUUUUCUCCUCAUUAUUUUACUCAACGAACUUUAUUAGCUCGAUUUCAAAUGAAUAAUACGAUUCCUUCGCACGUGCAAUUUUUUAAAAAACCAGCGUAUAGUGUCAUGGCAUUACUUUCAUUAUUGGGAAAUUAUUUGAUCGACAUUCAUUACGAACCGAGCGAAAGAGGUUUGUCUUACAUGAUGAUUAAUAAUAAAUUUCAAAGUACUUUUAUCGGAGUCAUAACGAACGAUCGCGCGACGAAUGAUAGUUACGUUGUCGAUUAUUCAAAAUCCAUAGAUGUGAGAAUUAAAAUAGCAUUGAAAAUGUAUAAACCUAAGGGAAAAUACGUGGGAUACAUUAUGGAUAACGCUUUGACCAAUCCUUACAAAAUAUGGAAAGAAGGAGGAAGUCCCGAUUUUCCCACGUUCGAUUUAAGACGUAGAAUGAGAAAAGUAGAGGGUUUCGAAAGGGUCGCUUUCCACGAUUUGAAUCCGAACAAUACUUAUUUUAAAUACGUAUUUAAAAAUGUUCUCAUACCUUCCGUUUUCUGCAUAAAUAUUUGUUACGAAGGUAUCGAAGAACCUGGACGGGUAACGGAUUUAAGAUACGUUAAAAUUUAUGAUAAGGAAUUGUUAUUGUUGUGGAAAGACACAUUGGUCGAUAACAGGUGUAUAUUGACGUACGUCGUAGAAUUCAGGAAUGAUAAAAAUAAAACGUUCAAUAGAAUCAAUAGCGAGGAUACGAUAUUUUUAUCGUAUCAUUUUGACGGAUUGAUUAAAAACGGUACGGUGGACGUAAAAGGUGAAUACAGAGUUGCUGCCAUUGAUUAUUGGAACAGAAUGGGACCAUAUUCGAAUGUUAUCGUCGUGCAAUAA